CCCCGCCCCGCCCCCAAGCCCCGCCCCGCGCCCGCAGCCCCAGCCCCCGAGUCCCUGCCCCGGAGGUGGGAGGCGUUCCACCGCCCCCAGGAAGCCCUGAGCCCCUGAAGGCGGCUGGGCAGCUCCUGGGGACAGUGCGGGUGGAGCGCGCCAGCUAGGGAGACGCCGGCAGGACGAGGAGCGGCUCGCCCAGGGGUGGCCACACAGGCUGGGCUAACCGGAGGGGCCUGUGGUGGCCACCUCCCACUAGGGCCGAAUGGGCAUCCCACAGUCCAGAGAUAGCGAGCUGCCCAGCACAGCUUCGCAGCUGCUGCCCUCCAGCUAUACACCUGGACUCGCCUGAGAAGUGCAGAUGCAGGGCUGGGGACCCAGUGCACAGGCCCUCAGGAGCUCACCCUGCCCCUCCUGUGAUCCAAGGCACUGGCAUGGAGCCUGAGAGCAGCCCCCUGACCACACACGUGCUAGAUACUGCGUCUGGGCUCCCAGCCCGCGGCCUGCGCCUCCACUUGUCUCGGCUUGAGGACCUCAGCCAGCAGUGGACAGAACUGAAGAAAAGCUACACAGACCUGGACGGCCGCUGCCCUGGGCUCCUGAGGCCAGRCCAGAUGAAGCCUGGCACCUAUAAGCUGUCCUUCGAAACCCAGGGCUACUGGAAGGAGAGGGGGCAGGAGAGCUUCUAUCCAUACAYAGAGGUUGUCUUCACCAUCACAAAGGAGACCCAGAAGUUCCAUGUGCCUCUGCUGCUGAGCCCGUGGUCCUACACCACCUACAGAGGGAGCUAGAGCACAGCCUGGCUGGAGGAGCUAUUUACCUAUCCUUGCUCUGGCUGGGCUGCCUGCCCAGCCACACUCAGUGGUCACCCACUUCCUUGGGGAGGUUCUGGCCCCGCUCUGGAGUUUCUCCGUGGGCAGCUGUGACUUGGGUCAAUAAAAUCAGUGCUACAUCUGCA